AAUCAAAACAUAUGUUUGUUCGCACACACGUGUGUUUAAAAGAUACUCGGGACGGGACCAAACAAUACAAUUCAAGAUGAAGCAAAAACACUCAAAAAACAGGGGAAAGCCCUACAAGAAACCUGCUCCCGCCCGCCGAAAUGAGAGGUUCUCGAAAAACUAUAGUUUCAUUCAGAGGAGCAAGCAAAUGGAGGAGUCGCAUCGCAGGGAAAGGAUUCCGACAGCCCCUAAACAAGAAUACGAGCCCGUGGCGGAACUCCUGCCAGAGAUUCAGGACGACGUGGAUGAGGCUGGGUUCUACGAACAGCUUGUGACUGGUUUUAAUCACAUACCCGCAAGUCAGAUUCUUAGCUCAACUGCGGAUGACGAAGACCCAAUUGUUCCUGUACCCAAAAAGAUUAAACCCAAAAAGAAAAUGCAUGCUGAAAAUGUAGCUGCCGACUUGGAAACACACAAUUCCUUUUCAAAACGUUUUGAUUUUGAGCUAUCCACAGACAAUAUCAACGAUUUAAUUGCGAAAAAAGAUGUGAGAACCAUAAAGAGCAAUUGGUCAGCGUUGGGAAAUGUACGAUUUGAGAUUCCACGAGUGUCUGACUUUUUCAAGGAGGCCGAUUGCAGUGAACCCAAGGAUAUUGUUAGUUCCGAGGAACUCCAAAAAUUGGAGGUUAAACAGUCCAUUUGUGGAAACGUCAAGCUUCCACUCAACGCCCUCCAGUCUCAACUGUUCUACAUUGCCAAUAAUUAUCAGGAUCUUUACUAUCCCCACCGUACACACAGUAAUGCUGAGGACAUCCGAUAUGUAUAUUGUCUGCACGCCCUGAACCACAUGCUCAAAGUCAGAUCCCUGAUUUUGCGAAACAACGAAAAGGUUUCGGCUCUGGCCAAGUCCCAAAAAAUGUCGCCCAACGAAAUCUCCAUACCAGAGAGUUUUAGAGACCAGGGCUUGAAGCGGAUGAAGGUGGUUUUCAUAGUGCCCUUCAGGGAAUCGGCACUUAAGAUUGUAAAUAUAAUCGGAGAUCUGCUCUUCGGCAGUCAAGAUGAACAAGCCAGGAAAACUUCAAUUGCAAACUACGAACGCUUUCUGGGAGAUUACUCUGGAAACACGAUAUAUUUCCCCAAAACCAAUCCCAAGCCGGUGGACUAUGAGCAGACAUUCAGUGGCAACACAGAUGACAAUUUCAAGCUGGGUAUUCGUUUCACCAAGAAAACCAUGUCGCUUUUCUCCGAUAUGAACUCAUCAGACAUAUUGAUUGCCUCUCCCUUGGGACUAAGAAUGUUGGUUACUGACAAGGAUAAUGAUUUUGACUUUUUAAACUCGAUUGAACUGCUUAUAAUUGACCAAGCCGAGCUGUUCCUGGCGCAGAAUUGGGAGAACCUUCUGCACUCUCUGGACCACCUCCAUUUGCAGCCGCAGAAUCUGCCCGAUACGAAUUGCCAGAGGGUUCGAACUUGGUGCCUGAGUGGGGCGACAAGUUUCUACCGCCAAACCCUGUUGUUCUCAUCCCACGAGCUCCCCGAAUUCCGGGCAGUGCUCAACAGUAAGUGCAGCAAUUACCAGGGAAAGGUACGAGUCGCCAAUCUGGUCGAGCAUGGAGACAUCCGCCAUGUACUGACACCCAUCGAGCAAGUUUUCCGUCGAAUCAGUUGCUCCAAUGUGGAGUCAACCUUCGACGAUCGAUUUCAGUACUUCGUCAAACAUAUUAUGCCUCAGUUCAGUAAGCCCGGGUUCUCGCAUUGCAUGCUCUACGUGCCCAGCUACUUUGACUACGUACGGAUACGAAAUCAUUUCAAAACCGAAAUGGUCAGUUUUGUGCAGAUAAAUGAGUAUACAAAGAAAGAAAAAAUUUCCCGGGCGAGAGAUAUAUUCUUCCACAGCGGAGCAUCUGUUCUACUGUACUCGGAAAGAGCACACUUCUUCCGGCGCACCCGAAUUAAGGGCAUCCGGAAUUUGAUUAUGUACCAGCCACCAAACUUUCCACACUUCUAUUCCGAAAUGAUCAAUUUGAUGCUUGAGUCCAAUCAAAAUCCGCGGGAUGGAUUCGGAGAGGCAAUGUCCGUCAAUAUCCUGUACACAAAAUACGAUCUGCUAAGUUUAAGUAACAUUGUGGGAAGCGAAAACGCCGUAAAAUUGACAUCGGGGAAAAAAGAUUCAUACCUUUUUUCUACCAAAACAUAAAUGCUUUCAAGAGCAAACUAAGAAAAAUGUAAAUAUAUCAUUUUGAAUUAAAAUAUACCAUUAUUU